CGCAGGCAGGCGGCGGCGGCGGCGGCGGGCGGCAUGGAGAGCCUGCUGGAGAACCCGGUGCGCGCCGUGCUCUACCUCAAGGAGCUCACGGCCAUCGUGCAGAACCAGCAGAGCCUCAUCCACACCCAGCGGCAGCGCAUCGACGAGCUGGAGCGGCGGCUGGACGAGCUGAGCGCCGAGAACCGCAGCCUGUGGGAGCAGCAGCAGCUGCUGCAAGCGCAGCCCCCGCCGGGGCUCGGGCCCCCGCCGCCCGCCCCGCGGCCCGCUCCCGCUCCGGCCGGCGCGGCCCCCGAGCCGCCGCUCCAGGACCUCGGACAGCUCCCGGGCGCGCCCCAGCCGCCGCUCCAGCACCACGGCCAGCUCCCGGCGCCGCCCCCGCCGGGCCCGGGCAGCCGCGCGCAGGCCGCCCCGCCGCCCCAGCCGGCGCCCGACAAGGACAAGGAGCGCGCCCCGGGCUGCUGCGCCGCGGCCGCCGGAGCCCUUCUUCAGCACCCGCCUCCCGCCGCCCUGGGCAAGGGCGUCCUGAGCCGGAGACCCGAGAAUGAGAACGUUCUGCACCAGUUCUGCUGCCCCGCUGCCGACGCCGCCGAGCAGAAGCCUGCCUGCGCGGACCUGGCCUCCCACAGUGAUGGCUCCUGCGCCCAGGCUGGUGGGGGCAUGGAGGACUCCGUGGUGGCAGCGGUAGCGGCCGGCAGACCCAGUGCCCAUGCCCUGAAGGCUCAAGCCCAGGAGCUGCAGCAGGAGGAGGAGCGGCCAGGGGCGGGGGGCUCCCCGCAGGCUGGCCCCCUCCACACAGCCUCCCCCAGCCAGCAGCAGCCUGCCCUGGCGACGGCGCUCUGCUCCCACACCCCUGCCGCCUCUGAAUACGAACUCUCCCUUGACCUAAAGAAUAAACAGAUUGAAAUGCUAGAACACAAAUACGGGGGCCACCUGGUGUCCCGGCGCGCCGCGUGCACCAUCCAAACUGCCUUCCGCCAGUACCAGCUCAGCAAGAACUUUGAGAAAAUCCGCAACUCGCUCCUGGAGAGCCGCCUGCCCCGGCGCAUCUCCUUGCGCAAGGUGCGGGCGCCCGCGGCCGAGAGCCUGGUGGCCGAGAAGGCGCUGCUGGAGGGCUGCGGGCUGCUGGGGCUGCCGCUGGGCCGCUCGCCCUCCCUGCCGCCCACCUUGGCCGGCUCUCUCACCGAGCUGGAGGACUCCUUCACCGAGCAGGUGCAGUCCCUGGCCAAGUCCAUCGACGACGCCCUCAGCACCUGGAGCCUCAAGACCAUGUGCUCGCUGCAGGAGAGCGGCGCCUACCAGCUCCACCGCGCGCUGCACCCGGGCGCCGCGCCGCCGGGCCUGGAGGCCGAGGGCCCGGAGCCCGAGAGCGGCGCGGCGCCCGGCGACGAGGCCGGAGGCCUGAGCCCCGGCCACGGCGGCACGCUCAUGAUGGCCUUCCGGGACGUCACGGUGCAGAUCGCCAGCCAAAACAUCUCGGUCUCUUCCUCCACCGCGCUGUCCGUGUCCAACUGCCUGGGCGCGCAGACGGCCGCCGCGGAGCCCGCAGCGGGCCGAGCCCAGCCCGGGGAGGCCGCCCGAGCCCCAGCCGCGGGGCCCGGGGACGGGGACGGCGGCGCCGAGGCCGCGGAGCGCCGGGCGCUCGAGGAAGCGGCGGUGGAGGAGGCGGUGGCCGCUGGAGUGCAGGAGGAGGAGGACGAGGAGGAGGAAGAGGCCGGGCCGGGCGCCGAGGCCGAGGGCGCCGACGCCGACGCCGCCGAGCAGCUGAGCAGCAGCAGCGCGUCCACCAAGUCGGCCAAGUCCGGUUCCGAGGCGUCGGCCUCGGCCUCCAAAGAGGCCCUGCAGGCGGUGAUCCUGAGCCUGCCGCGCUACCACUGCGAGAACCCCGCCAGCUGCAGGUCGCCCACGCUCUCCACCGACACCCUGCGCAAGCGGCUCUACCGCAUCGGCCUCAACCUCUUCAACAUAAACCCAGACAAGGGCAUCCAGUUCCUGAUCUCCCGCGGCUUCAUCCCAGACACUCCCAUCGGCGUGGCCCACUUCCUCCUGCAGCGGAAAGGCCUCAGCCGCCAGAUGAUAGGAGAGUUCCUGGGCAACAGCAAGAAGCAGUUCAACCGCGAUGUGCUAGACUGCGUGGUGGACGAGAUGGACUUUUCCAACAUGGAGCUGGAUGAGGCCCUGCGGAAGUUCCAGGCUCACAUCCGUGUACAGGGAGAGGCCCAAAAAGUGGAGCGUCUUAUAGAAGCUUUCAGCCAGCGCUACUGCAUGUGCAACCCCGAGGUGGUGCAGCAGUUCCACAACCCAGACACCAUUUUCAUCCUGGCCUUCGCCAUCAUCCUCCUCAACACCGACAUGUACAGCCCCAGCAUCAAGCCGGACCGGAAGAUGAUGCUGGAGGACUUCAUCCGGAACCUUCGAGGUGUGGACGAUGGCGCCGACAUCCCCAGAGAGCUGGUGGUAGGCAUCUAUGAAAGGAUCCAGCAGAAGGAGCUCAAGUCCAAUGAAGACCACGUCACGUAUGUCACCAAAGUGGAGAAGUCCAUCGUGGGCAUGAAGACGGUGCUGUCCAUGCCACACCGCCGCCUGGUCUGCUGCAGCCGGCUCUUCGAGGUGACGGACGUGAACAGACUGCAGAAGCAGGCUGCACAUCAGAGGGAAGUGUUCCUCUUCAAUGACCUGCUGCUGAUUCUCAAGCUGUGUCCUAAGAAGAAGAGCCCCUUCACAUACACCUUCUGCAAGGCAGUCGGCCUGCUGGGCAUGCGCUUCCACCUCUUUGAGAAUGAGUAUUACUCCCAUGGAAUCACACUGGUGACCCCACUCUCGGGCUCUGAGAAGAACCAGGUGCUGCAUUUCUGUGCCCUGGGCUCCGAUGAGAUGCAGAAGUUUGUGGAGGACCUGAAGGAAUCCAUCGCUGAGGUGACGGAGCUGGAACAGAUCCGGAUAGAGUGGGAACUGGAAAAACAGGGAACAAAGACACUGUCCGUCAGGUCCACUGGAGCCCAGGUGGACCCCCAGUCAAAGCAAGGAUCACCAACAGCCAAGAGGGAAGCAGCGGCCGGCGAGAAGGUGGUGGAGAGCCCCGGUGAGGUGUCAAUUCACAACAGGCUCCAAACGUCCCCGCACAGCCCCAGGCUGGGAGCCGAGAGGGGCGCGCCGGGACCCCUGCUGCCAGACCCACGGCCUAGCCCCCCGAGGGAGCAGACCCCACCGCCGCCGCAGCCGCCGCCGCCCACAUCCCCAGGCACCCUGGUGCAGUGCCAGCAAAUUGUCAAGGUCAUUGUCCUGGACAAGCCCUGCUUGGCCCGCAUGGAGCCGCUGCUGAGCCAGGCUCUCUCCUGCUACGCCUCAUCCUCCUCUGACUCCUGUGGCUCCACACCCCUGGGCGGCCCGGGCUCCCCCGUCAAGGUCAUCCACCAGCCGCCACUGCCCCCGCCCCCUCCCCCAUACAACCACCCCCACCAGUUCUGCCCACCGGGCUCCCUGCUACUCAGGCGCCGCUACUCCAGCGGCUCGAGGAGCCUGGUGUAGACCCUGCCCAGCAUCCUGCGUCCCAACCGGCUGGCCACCAGGGGCCGGGCUGCCCCUCCUUGCUCCUUUCACCCUGGCACAAUGCAUUCUUUGCCACUGAACACCACUGUUCGGGAAAAGACUCCCCUGCUGCAAAGGUCUGCUGCGCCCCACCAUCCUUCACUAACUUGUUUGAGCCCGAGCCUGGAGAUAACCUCCUCACUCUCUGGGGGCCCACAAACCCACACAGGCCAUGUGCCACUUCUCUGACCACUGGCUCCCCAAAUUGCACUGUGGAUUGAAGAAAACUAAAGCUGAGGGGCUAACGGGUUUGCAGAGCUGGUCCCAUGGUCCAGGUGGGCCCACAGAGCAGCUGGGGGUAAGAGGCUGAGUACCCGAGGACCAAGUAUUUAUCUGUGGCCAAGCUGAGUGGAGGAGAGCUACCUCCAGUUCUCUGGAGGGUCCUAGGGGUAACGGGUUUGGGAAGGGUAGCUUUCUUUGCUGCCCCUGCCCCCAGGUCUUCGGUUUCAGAAAGUUGAUCCUUGUCCCCCAGGAACAUUGGCUUUCUUGACCAUGAACCCCCCCCCCCCCCACUUACCACCUUCAGGACCUUCUCCAAGCUGCCCGGAUCCAGGAGCAGGAAGGAGAGAGUGUACGCGCUUCUCUGUGGGUCAGUUUAAUAGGGCCCUAGGACUGCAAGGUUUGGUGUCUGCAAAGUACACUUCUCCAGAGCAUUUCCUGGUUGCCCGUCCUAAAAUACUCAGCCAGUGCCCAGGGCACACAGGCAGUUAUACAUCAACGCAGUGAGAGCUAGGUUACUAUCUGCCAUGUGGAAGUAGAAACAGGGGUGGAGUAUUGAUCUGCCCAGCAGGAAUCUGACUUGGCUGGACCAGGACUCACUGUGAGUCUGGGCGCCCGGAGGGGCUGUGUGCAGCGGAGAUAGCCUGCAGAGAUGGGACUCUAGAGCCGCCACACUGCCCUGCAGCCCCGGUCUUUAGGUAGCCCCUGUCCUAGAAGGUGCAGACAUGCCUCCAGCAGGGAUGGCCAAACGUUCUUGGACCCUGAAUUUGCAGAGCCAAGCAGAGCUUGUCAACCUCUUAGGGACAAGCAGUCUUGAAAAGCCAACAGAGGUGGCCCCACAUAACCCCAGGUAGAUGAAAAACAGCCCACCCUCAAAGACCACAGGGAUGGUCCAAUAGGUAGCCUGUCCCAUUCACGGCCCUUUCAGGAAUUGUCUAUCACAAGCCGGGCCAGCCUCCCCUAUCCUGUGCCAACAGCUAACUCUGCCCUUCUUAAGAUCCUUUCCCUGUCAGAGCGUGUUUGGACAGCCUCCAGAAAGUGAAUGCUGCCCAAUUCAGAGUGAAUGGGCUUCUCCCAACUCCUACCACAUGCCCCAACCUGCAGUGCCCUGGGCCAGCUAGAAGGCACAGAUAAUCCUCAGUGCUCAGAGGGGCCAGAUGACCUCAUUCCGUUCUGUGCAUGUGUGCGUGUGCGUGCGUUUGUGUGUGUGUUUGUGUGUGUGUUUAUCUACAUGUCGUUAUGAUGACACUCAGUGAGUUUCGUUUUGGCCCUGUCUAUGACUAUCAGCCAAUAUGUUGUCUCUCUGGUGGCUCCAGAUCAUCUGCUCCUUCCCAUCCUGGCUGCCUUGGCCCCGUCUGGGUCUUUACUGGAACUGGGUGCCCCAGUCAGAACCUGUCCGAGUAGAACAGCUGACGCUGGAGUGCAUGACUCCAACACCUCCCCCACCCCAGACCAGGGCAAAGCAGUCAGGGCCUUGGAGGGUAUGAAGCUGUGUGAUAGGGGCACAUGAAUCUUGAAUGAGGGGAAUGAAAAUAGAAGAUUAUGAACAGAAGGCAGAGUAUGAGGUAUGAAGGAGUAUGAGUGGUGAAUAUAGCCAAAUAUAUUUAUGGAGUGGGGGCCGUGGUGCCAAGGGCUGCUGAAAGACAUAGUCCUAGAUGACCCAGCUCCCACUGUCAGGCCCCUGCUCAAUUGGGCUUGGAGCUGAUGGGUGGGGUGGUCUUGUUGGCCUUCCCUCCCACCUCAUCUGCAGCCACACUGUACAGAUGAGCUCCAAUAAAAGUCUCAGGGCUGGCCCACCCAUGCAGUCCCUAAAGACCUGGACUCUCAGGCACCAUGAGUCCCCUCCCCAGGGACAGGCUCCCCAGGGUUCACUACAGUGGCUGACCAAGACCCUACUGAAAGUAGUGAAGUCCUGGACAAAAAGCUGAGCCGCCUGGGGUCAACAGCCCAGAGAAGUCUUGAGCUGGAUAGGACUCUGAGCCUCAGUGGCCCAGGGCAGGAAGCAGCUGGCCCUCCUAACUGGUCUGUCACCUCCCUCCCCUGACCAGCCAUCAGACUAAUGAUGGAAAUUGUUCUGCAGAGGACUCUUGUCCUUCUCCAUGGCAGCGGCCACAUCAGGGCCUCUGGUCUUCCCAGAGGUCCAGAGAGAGGCUUUGGCCCUCCCGCUCCCCUAAAGCUAAGAGGGGACCCAUCAAUUCUCUUGGCUUUACUUUGGGGGCCUGGACCCCUCCCCCAGAUUUAUCCAUUUGGCUCCAACUCCACAAUCAAGUGGGAGGUGGAAUCUGCUUCCCACCUGCUUUUGGGCAGUCCACCUCCAGUCCUAAAGCAGAUCCUGCCUCAGCAGCCUAUCCUCAAAGCCAGUCUGUCUGUCAGUCUGCCUGCAGAGAUAUCUUGCUCCCACAUACACUUACCAGCCCUGGGCCUUUGACCCAACCCUCCCCCCUCAACAUACACCCGUCAGACCCUGUCGAGAUGUCUCUGGUACCCAGUAGGGGUCCCUGAUCCCAUCUGUCAGUCCCUAUGUCAGUUGUCCAUCUCCUGCAGGACCCCUUCUCCGUCGCACACCCUUCACCUGUCAGAGAGGCAGCUCUCUGAGAACAGGCCGGGUGGCUGCACUCAGCGACUAAUCCAAAUGGCAAAUAUUUUGUAACAAAAUAGCCCAGAUGUAUUUUAUUUGUUCAAUUCAUAGAGUUUUAGAGAUUCUAUUGAAACGUGUCACUUGA